CGAGUCUCUCGGCUUCCGUUGCGCAUCGAGCAAGAUGGCAGCCUCCGAGACGGUUAGGCUACGGCUUCAAUUCGAUUACCCGCCGCCCGGCGCCCCGCACUGCACGUCUUUCUGGCUUCUCAUCGACCUGAACGGAUGCCGAGUCGUCACGGACCUCAUUAGUCUGAUCCGCCAGCGCUUCGGCUUCAGUUCCGGGGCCCUCCUGGGCCUCUACUUGGAGGGGGCGCUCUUGCCCCCCGCCGAGAGCGCGCGCCUGGUACGAGACAACGACUGCCUCAGAGUUAAAUUAGAAGAGAGAGGAGUUGCUGAGAGUCCUGUAACAGUUAGUAAUGGGGACAGUACUCGUUUAUUACCUAGAAAAGCAAAGAAGCGGGCAUUUAAGUUGGACGAAGAUGAAGAAACCGAACCAGAUUACAGAAAUUCAAAGAAGCAUUGGAAGAGGCAUGAGAACAAUAACAGUGAGAAGACCUUGGAUCUAGAACCGAAAGCAGCCACAGAGCAGAGUGUGGGGAAAAAAAACAAGAGGAAGAACAAAGCCACGUGUGAUGUGGUGGAGGUUGAUGAUGGAGAGACUGAAAAAAAAUUGCCAAAGAAGAAGGAGAAACGUGAAUAUAAAAAGCAUGCCAAGACUCCCAAGUCUUCUAAAGCACAGUCUGUGAAAGAGUGGACCAUCCAGAAGUGCAGCCCUAAAGCUCUUCCUGCUAGAAACAGCCUUGUGAAAGCCAACCGGAAAGGUGGCAUGGUCGUCCGUACAAAAGACAGUCCUGAUUCCUCCUCGGAGUCUGAGUCUUACCACGAAUCAACUAGUGAUGCUGUCAGCAACGUCAUCUUGGAGGUCAGACAUUCCUCACAGAAAAUCUCGACUGACAUGUCAAAGGACGGAUCCUCUGUGAAAACCACAGCUACAAACAAAGUGGCUCCAAAAACUGGUUUUACCUCAGCCCCUGUCAAGGGCAAGACCUCCAGAACAUCAUCUUCUAGUUCAGACUCUAGUUCAGAGUCAGACGAUCAAUGCGCGAUGCCAAAGAGCACCCCCGAGUGUACUGCAGGGUUCUUAAAGACUGUAGGCCUCUUUGUAGGAAGAAAUUGUCCAGGGCCAUCAUCACAGGUUCCAAACGCCACUGGAUGGAAGCAGUCGGACCCAAACAGUGGUAGACAGGUCCUGUGUCCCCCUCCUAACGUGACUCUCCCCGCCAGUUUGGGAAGAGGUUGGGGUAGAGGAGAGGACCUUCUUUCCUGGAAAGGAGCGAGGGGGCGGGGUAUGCGGGGGAGAGGUCGAGGACGAGGGCAUGCUGUUCCCUAUGUUUUAAAUAGAAACGCCGACUAUCAGAAGCAACAGCAGUUGAAUGAAAUGGUGACAAAUUCAUCUACCAUUAUCCAGAAUCCCAUAGAGACACACAAGAAGGACUACAGUCUCUUACCAUUGUUAGCAGCUGCCCCUCAAGUUGGAGAAAAGAUUGCAUUUAAGCUUUUGGAACUAACAUCCGAUUAUUCUCCUGAUGUCUCUGACUACAAGGAAGGAAGAAUAUUAAGCCAUAACCCGGAGACCGAGCAAGUAGACAUAGAAAUUCUUUCAUCCUUACCUGCCAUGAAAGAACCUGGGAAAUUUGAUUUGGUUUAUCACAACGAAAAUGGAGCUGAGGUAGUGGAGUACGCUGUGACGCAGGAGAAGAGGGCAGCACAGGAAAAGAACUACAGAGCUGCACGGAAGGGCGUCAGCAGUCUAGUGAUAACCCUCUGGACCGUAUCUGCCUCCCAAGAGAUAAGCGUUUUUUGGAGAGAGUUAAUAGAUCCAAGACUGAUUAUCGAAUCUCCGAGUAACACAUAAAGUGUGGAGCUUCCCCGAGUAUGACCUCUCCACCUCGUGGUUUAUAAAUGUCUUAUUUGUGAAAGUGACUAUAACCUGAACUGUUUUUUUUUUUAAAGAAGAUUUGUGAGUUGUAUGCAUUUUUGGUUAUCUUCCAUUUGCUGCAUAGGAAAAAAUCUACCUCAUCAUUUAAAAGAACAUGGGUGUUGCUUUUGUAGAUCUUUUUUUUUCCAGGCUUAAUCUUAGUAACAAAAUUUACAACAUGACAUUCCUUCAGGCAUCGUUUAUAAAACAAUAUGUACGGUUUCGUCUCUUUUUUAUUUUUUUCAACCAUCAAGUAGCUAUCGUCAGUAGGAGUUUGUAAUACCAAAUACAAGAAAGUGCUGUAUAUCUUGUCUCAGUAAGUUUUAUUAAGUAACGUUUUAAAACAUGAAAGCAUGUUACUUGACUUAAUUUUUUAAAAUUUAAGUUGUUCCAUUCAACGUGGAACAUCUUAUACAUUUCAAGUAUUUUAUACUUGUGAUUGUUGGGAGUUAACCAGUAGCUGGGUUUGUUACAGGCAAUGAGUUAAGGAAUCCUUUCGCACUUUUCUCAACUUUAAGAUGAAGGAUUCUCAGGGCCUGUGGAGAGCAGUGAAAAUAAGUGUGUGUGCCUGGGAAAGAACUGGGGCUCCAUUCAAGGGGGAGGAUUCACUGUGAGCUCAGGCCAGGGUGACCCGCCCAGCCACUCGAUCCCGGGUUCCUGGCUGAGUGUGCUGUGCUGGAGUGAGGGUCUUGAACAGAAACUUCCUUUUCUGUUGUUAUUCAACACAAAGCUAAAAAGGCUGAAAUAUAUACUGUGAAAAUUGUUUUAACAAAACAUCAGAUCCCUCCUUUGGCUUUGCAGAUUUUUAAAUAAAAUCAUAUUGAACUAAA